UUCUUUUUGCAAUGCUGCGAUCCUGGUGGCUCGUGGGGCUAUUCGUAGCCUACACAUCUGGAAAGAAGCAAUGGGACGUCCCCGUACCUCAUGAGGAGCAGGCCAGCCCUGGAAAACUACGGUGGGAGCCCCAGUGCCAGUACCAAUUGCGCCACCUUCAAGAUGGUGCCAGAAUUUCAGCUCUUUUGCCUCCCCGGUUGGAAGGUCACUGGAUUUCGACAGGGUGUGAGGUCCGGCCAGGACCAGAAUUCCUCACCCGUUCCUAUAUAUUCUACGCCAACCGCCUCUUCAAAGCCUAUCAGUUCUACUAUCGAGACCCUUCCUGCCGGGACCCCACCUACUCCCUGGUCAUCAAAGGCAAAGUCCGGCUCCGCCAGGCCUCCUGGAUCACCCGUGGCGCCACGGAAGCUGAUUACCAUCUUCACAAAGUUGGCAUCGCCUUCCAUAGCCAGCUGGCCAUGCAGGAAACAGUUGCCCGUAUCAACCAGACGUCGGGAGAGCAGUGCAGAGGGUUCUUGUCCCCUGGGCGGACUUGGGCGCCAGGUGCCCUCUACGAGCUUCUGAGUGCCAAAGCCGAGCGGGAUUGCACAGCCGGCCUGGGCUUUGCCAUGCACGAAAUGAGCCUGGUACGGGUGGAGAAGUAUGAACAGCCCUUGCUGCUCCAGCAAAACCAGGGCAGCAGGGAGGUGGAGGAGCUGUACCUGGGGGACAUCCACACGGAGUGGUCGGAGAGGCUCCAUUAUCGUCCGACAGGAUACCAGCGUCCCCUGCAGAAUGCCAUGCACCACGUCCAUCCUUGCCCUGCUUGUGGGAUUAUAUACCGAGCGGACGAGCAUCACCCACCCAUACUGCCAGUCAGGCCUGAGUUCCCGAUGCUGCUAAGCGGGCGCUGGGUGAGUGCGCGGUGUGAGGUACGGCCGGCGGUGCUUUUCCUCACGAGGUACUUCACCUUCCACGGCAGCAACCGCACCUGGGAAGGGUCCUAUUAUCACUACUCUGACCCUCUCUGCAAACAGCCGACUUUCACGGUGUACGCCUCAGGCCACUAUACUGAGGGAGGCCCGUCCCUCAUCGUGAGAGGAGGCACAGAGCUGGUGUUCAAGGUGACCCACGCUCGGGUUACACCAAUGGAUCAGGUAACCGUAGCGAUGCUGAACUCCUCGGACUUUGGAAGCUGUGGGGAGCCCGGCUCUUGGAGCGUCGGGAGAGAGUUGGAUGUGACUCAUACGAACGGAUGCGCGGCCCUGGGCAUCAGACUCCCACACACAGAGUACGAACUCUUCAGAAUUGAGCAGGAUGCAAAAGACCGUAGCUUGCUGUUCAUCGGCGAGAGACCAACGGACGGAUCCAGUCCCAACACACCCAGCAAACGGCCCACCUCUUACCAGUCGCCACUCACGCAGUGUGCUGGGUCCUCCGGCACCUUUUUGAGACACAUUAAGCCAAACUACCUGGGAAGAUUAGAUUACUCCCUUGACAACGCAGUGCUAAAUCCGCAGCCCAGGGCACUGCUGCUGGCAUUUCUAGCCCUGUUGCUCGUCAGGUGGGACUAAAACUCUUGACAUUUUUGGUCAGGGGCUGCC